UAAGCCGUGGUGGCGCUGACGUGCCGCUUCCACUCAAUUCUGUUUUGUGCCUGCCGCAGAGCAUUCGUGAGUGUAAAAGCAUACCUACGGUUUUUAUUCCUGUGGAGGUAGACAGAGGCGCAACUAGUACAGUCACAUUUCGGCGUAUAUGUGCUGUUCCAUAAUGUGAUAAAAAAAUAUAUAGCGAGACGUUUAGAAGAUCAGGAAAUGUUAUAAAAGACAGAGCUGCAAAUCCCAUGGUCUACAAUGUUAUUAAAUAUUGCUGUCCUGGUUACUACAAUGUGAAUGCCCAAGAAGAAGCUUCCAGUACUAAUUGUUUGAAGUUAUGCAAGAUGAAUUGUAAAUCGGAAUCAUGCGUUAAUAAGCAAUGCGUCUGUCCUGAAGGAUUCAUAAAAGACACAACAGAAACUGUCUGCAUUCCGAAUUGUGGCCCAGGGCAUAAACGCGUUAACGGAAGCUGUCAGCCGGAAAGCAAAAUUUCAUCAGAAAAUAAUGGGGCGAAUAAUAAAGUUGAUGAUACUGAGCCAUAUACUAGCAACUCUGACAACUCUAACAAAACCCUUUUCUUCGUGUCUGCUGUUACUAACGUAAUAUUAUUACUUAUUGUUUUAGUAAUAGUAUUAACAAAGUGUAAAACCGUCGUCCGCGAUAACAAAAAUAAUGUGACGGAGCCCCGCGAUACGUACGUGGACAUGAACGGUGCAAGUCGGAAUCCUGUUCUUUUUACGAAGAAUGAAUCCGUCCCCAAGAAUGCCAUGCCGGGAUGCAGCGAGGAUAAUGUUCUAAGGGGCGGUGUUCACCGACAUAAUGUCACCGAACCCCCACAAUAUGAAUCUAUCCAAUAUGUACGAACUACAAAGAAGUUUGGUACAGACGUUGGUUCGACAGAGACGCUGUGUUACGACUAUGUAGAAACGCCGCUACCGAUUCAUCUUAGAAAAGCUAAGCAACAAGUGCCGCCCCGAGGUUGAAGGGUCACUACACAGGGAACGCGACUCGCGGCUGAGCACGAUCACUCGCACUCUCCCUGCCACCUCACUCCAACGCGUAAUGCGCUGUACAGUCAGAAAAGAUGUAAGACACGGCCGAGGCGCGAUCCUAUGUCUUUUCCGCGUCCCUUUCAUACAAAAUGUAUAGAAACGUCGCGCUGCAAAACAUACAGAAAAAUCAGGGCACGGGCAUGACGCGCGCUCUAUUGUAAAACGUACAGAAAGGACAGGGCACCGUCGCGAGCGCCGAUGGACCGGGGUGCGGGCGGAGUGGAGCGAGAGUGCCGGCACUCGCGCGUCGCUAUCACACAAAACUACCUGCGUCCUUGAGUAGUUGCGAGGUGUUUAGAGAAGGAAGAUCAUUGUAUAUUAAGUGAAAAAGCGGGGCGAUUAUGUAUUAAACGUUCAAUUUUGUAGUUUAAUUGAAACUCAUCCAGUUCUCUAUAAUUAUAAUAGACCAGAGUAUUGUAAUAACGCUCUGUACAUUAGCGAGAUAUACCGGUGCUAAUACAUCUUCAUCUACGGAAGAAGACAUGUUAUUGUGUCAAAAUUGGACAGCUGUAAACCGUCAUCUCUCGCGGCGCUCAGCGUCCGUGCCUCGUCUUUUCUAUAAUUUUUUUAAAAUUACGACGGCGCCCCGUCCUUGCCCUGUCUGCGCCCUACAUCUUUUCUGUGUGGCCUGCGCCUAAAACGUCAAUGUAUUCUACAAACACCCCGCACACGUCCGUGCUUGCACAACCAAAGGUGUCCUGCUAGUUCCUUGUUUGUGAGAAAUAGAUAAAUAUACUGUAUAAAGUUAGUCGAGUUACCUGUUUAAGGUAUUCAGUAUUAAAUUCUGGUUCCAAAUAUAUAUAAAAUAUAUGACUUUAGUUUUUAUAGGAAUUUUAGCACCUAGGUAUUUUUGCCUUCCUAAGCCAAGCUUUAAGUAUGAAGGAAAAAUGGAUACUUCAAGGUCAUAUUUAUACAUAAUGACUGGUAAGGUAGGUCAAACGAGUCAUCCGCACAAAGGUACCCACGCGAUGGCAACCAUUUACAAUUUCUUUGGGGUUUUGAGAUCAUUUAUUAGCGCAUUUUUAGUGACAUGCAACUGUGAAGUGUAUGUUUAAAAAGGUCCCUCGACUAACAUUACAUACUAUAUUAUACAAAAGUACAACUAGAAGUUAAAAUUAAGUUAUUAAUGUGUCCAACCAAUGUUUUCUGUUAUUAGUUUAAAAUAGACACGAAAACCAAAAA